CACGAGGCAUUAUGUAAUCAGUGCCGCCGCCGCCAACGAAACAAACAUGGCCAUGCUUCAAAAUCGCGCGCGCUCGAUCGACAAGGCCUCAAGCACAACAACAACAGACUCCCGCACGCACGCACAACCACACGCACAUCCUCAACCACCAUGUCUGACCGCGAGUUUGGAGGAAACGAUGACCUCUCUCUGCCCAAAGCGACGGUACAGAAGAUCGUGUCCGAAAUCCUGCAGUCGGAACCCGGCAUGACAUUCGCUAAGGACUCGCGCGACCUACUCAUAGAAUGCUGUGUCGAAUUCAUCACCCUCAUUUCCUCCGAGGCCAACGAGAUCGCCGAAAAGGACGCUAAGAAGACGAUUGCAUGCGAGCACGUUAAACAAGCUCUCGAAGAGCUCGACUUUGGUGCCUAUGUCCCGGCUGUCCUUGAGGUCGCCGCCGACUACAAGAAACAACAACAGAACCGCGAGAAGAAGCAGACCAAGAUCGAGAAAAGCGGCAUGACCGAGGAAGAGCUCAUGCGCGCACAGGAAGAGCUGUUCCGUUCCGCGGCCAAUAAAUUCAAUGCUGAACCCUCAUCGUGA